GGUGAACCUGGUUUACCUGGACGACCUGGGCCUCCUGGCGUUCCCGGCUUACCGGGUCCACCAGGCCCUCAAGGAAUAGAAGGAAAUGAAGGCCCUCAGGGCCCUAAAGGCCAGAAAGGAGAUGUUGGUCCCGUAGGUCCGGAUGGGCACUCAGGGCCUCGAGGACCUCCUGGUCUUCAAGGGCUCAUCGGUCCGCCAGGACCAAAGGGUGACCAAGGAAAUGUAGGACCAAGAGGACCGGAAGGACAACGAGGAGUUCCUGGACCAUCGGGCCCUGCUGGUGAUGCAGGAGCUCCCGGACCACCAGGGCUUCCAGGUAUCACAGGACCAGCAGGACCACCAGGUCCCCCUGGUCCUCCUGGACCUCCAGGACCAGCAAGUGGAACUGAAAUUGCAGACCUUCGAGCAAUAGAAAGUUUACAUGAGCUGCGUGGACCAAGGGGAUAUAAAGGCUCAACAGGACCUCCAGGAUUUCCUGGAGAACGUGGUCCUCCUGGAGAAAAAGGUCCUCCAGGCCCUCCAAGUAUGAGAGGAAUACCAGGUGCAGCAGGACCUCCCGGAGUAGCUGGAAAUCCCGGAAACAGAGGUCCUCCUGGUAUGCCAGGAUUACCAGGUCCACCGGGUCGAAGUUUUACAGAAGAAGAAAUGCGAGAAAUCUGUGCGUCUGUACUUCGAGACCAGAUGGAGGAUUUGGUGCGAGGACUCCAUGGCCCACCUGGGCUUCCUGGGAUAGGUCUGCCGGGGAAACAAGGUCCACAAGGAAAACCAGGAAUUCCAGGAGAUCCUGGCACUCCAGGAUUGCCAGGUGAAAGGGGAUUCAUGGGUAUGCCUGGAGUACCAGGCCCUCAUGGCCCACCAGGGAGCAAAGGUGAUAAAGGCGAUAAAGGUGAUAGGGGUCCCGAAGGUAUUGGAAUCGAAGGGCCGAUGGGAUUAAGAGGCCUUCCAGGUCCACCAGGACCUCCAGGAGUCGGAGUUCCGGGAAGACCAGGAGAUCGGGGCCCGCCUGGAAGGCAAGGUUCUAAUGGUGUCCGUGGAGCACCAGGUCCUCAAGGUCCACCAGGUUAUUGCGAACUAUGCAAUUACCCUAAUUCAGAUCUUGUCAACUAUUUACAACCACCUCAUGGUCAGGUGAAUAAGGGAAAUACAGAUAAUGACUGAUCUCCAAGUCUUUUUUUGCUAAGUCAAGCACUGCCAAUCAUCUCGACCUCCCUGAAAAUACAGACAAUGCAAAAUAUUAAAACCAGCUUUUUGUCUUACGAUAUUCCUAACAAUGUGGUCACGUGAAGGGCUCAGAGAAUUUCUGAGUAAAUCCUAAUUCAUCUGCGACUGUUCAUUUCAUCGACAUAUUCUCCUGUAAAGACAGAACUGAAUUGUUCGAAAACAUUAAGCUGGAACUCAUUCUCUGGAAGCUAAAUAUCUUUUGAUGAACGUAUUUUGAAUUCCAAACUAUGAAAAUAGCAAUUUCGCGAAGUAUUUUAUACCCAUAUUUAAAAUAAUACUGAAUGUAUUUCCCAAAUGGCAAAAAACAAGUUCUACUGACAGUUUCAUACGUUGAAUUUCGUGUGCAUGUAUUUUACAGAUUUAAAAAUAUGAAAGCUAUUGUUAAUAGUUGAGGAAUUUGUUAAUGCUUCCUUUUUAAUGAAUUAAUUGGUGAUUGAAAUGCAUUUAUUGUAGCAUACGGGGUAUAUGAAAAUUUUUAGGAGUAUUUUAAGCCUUAUCUUGUAACCAUGAUAUUUCCUUGAGUGAAAGUAAGAACAUAAAUGAAAUUAAAUUGGCUACUUAAUAAAUUUUUCAAAAUAAUCGUAGUGUAAACAUCAAGAAAUGCUUAAAACUAAUUUUUUUAUGAAUAGCAAUAUGUACGUUUUCAUUAAAUUUUAAAUUAUAUUUAACGUCUUAUUGCUUAAAAUAAUGCUUUUUAGAAUAAGUUCAACUUAAUGUCUUUGAUAUGUUCUUAGCGUUCUAAAGAAGACAACUUGCUGCAUUUGUUGAUUUUGGAAAGUCCAUUAUGGUGUUCAGUCAGUAGAACUUCGCUUACAUCAGACAACUAUUGAUCUCUAAUGAGUAGACACAUGGGAAUUUUUGUAUGCCAUUUAAUCCUUUUACUGAGAUAAUGAAAAUAUAUUUUUUACUUCUUAUCUUACCUCUUUUUAUUAAAUUCUGGAAAACCUAGUCGGAACACUUUCCAGAAGAACGAAUACAGUGAUUUACAUCACCGGUGAGGAUAUACAAAUUCCUUUUAUUGUGAUUAUGUCCAGUAUUUUUUACGUCACUAAAUUCUAACCUUGCUACACUGCUUGAUGAAUUGUGAUAUGUAUGCCAUAACGUGCCUUUGUCUCAUUUUGUUUAAGCUUCAACACUGCCAACAUGUUUAAAAUAAUCAACUGCAUUAACUGUUAUAAGUUAUGACAUUAAUCCAUUUUUGUACGUGCUUUCUGCAUAGUCUUUACUGUUUUCAAAUAGCCACAUUUUCAAUAUAAAGGCGAAAUUUAAAGGCAUUUUGUUAAAAGCUGGAGACAUAGCACUAUAUUUUAGCGUUAAAUUUGUUUCUUUCUAACGUUUUUUGAUAUGCUGUUGAAAUGCUUAAACUGGGAACUAACUUUCACUCGUAACUAAACGUUGAUGAAAGUACUUUCACUCUUUCGGGGAGAUUUCUUCUUGCAUCUUGUAGUUUUUAAAAACGACAACUCAAGUUUAGCUCAACUUAUGAAAGGGUUAUUCUAAUUUUUCAUUUGUGUACAUCUGAAACUGCAUUGUUUCAAUUUCUUCAUCAUGAUUUUUCAAGUAUUUUCAGAGUGAAAUUUUUUAUCACUUCUGAAAUUUUGUAUGUAAAAAUGAAAAUUGUGAAAACACACUAGACACACUGUAAGAUAAAUUUAACAUGUGAUUUGAUAUAAAGUUUGUUUUUGUACUUUUACUUGGCUUUUGUUACUGAAAGAUUGCGUUGUGCAUGCACAAUUGUUAUAAAAUAAUGUAACAUUAAAAGAAUUUAAAAUUCA